UUUAUGCAAAAUAUUGUAAACAAACAAACAAUCUAGCAUUCAUUUUACCUCAGUGUGAAGUUAGUGGGCACUAACAUCCUAAUGACUUCCUCCCUAACCUGAAUCAGCCUUAAUUAGUCAAAACCCUCCCACGUGUAUUCUUUUUGACCAAAUGGGAUUGGCCAGAGGGGAUGAACAGAAGGAGGAUGUGUCUAGCAAGGCUAUAAGAGAGGUCAUGCUCAGGUGGGGCAUCCUUCAGGUGACGCUUUACUUUUUUUUUUGAUAACUGAGGAGAACACAUCAGAGGAGGACACAUCUCGAGUGUGAUCAGGUAUGACAGUUGCGCUGAUAUCACCGUUGAUCCGUUACAAUUUUGAUGUGGCAACUUUCCCUCCCGGUUUCUCUUUCCAGACUAAAAUUGUGUUGGCUGUAAUGGAGGCAAUGGCUUAUGUGACCGAGCUCAGGCUCGGUGCAGGUCGGGGGUCGUGGGGCGGAGCGGCGCCCUCGUCCUGCCCGGAGGUGGACCUGGAGGUCAUCGAGGAGUAUCUGCAGGAGCAUUCGCUGGAGGUCCAGCCCGCGCACACGCACACCUUGCCUCUGACCAACGUGGUGCAGUACGUGCACUCCCACCACAGCACCAGAAUCAUAGAGAAUAGCUGGUCAGGCCAACACGCCUACGAGUGGCACUGCGGUGCGCCUAAUAAGGAAUACGAGGCGGAAGCUGCACCUCCGUCCUGGCCGCAUCACGACCAGUGGGAUUACGUUGCGUCUUCAGACAAGGCGAACGUAUGUAUCGACUCAGACUCUCAGUCCAGUAGUUCCCGGUGCCAGGAAUACCACGAGGCUCCUUCUCCGACCUCGGAGAGCAGAGGCAGACCCAACAAAGACGCUUCACUUCUUGCUCCAAUCUCAGGAAAGAGGAAGGACCGCUUGUUCCAGUUCCUGUUUGAGAUGCUGCAAACGCCGUCCAUGCGAAGCUGCAUCUGGUGGGUCCAGUCCUCCUCGGGCACAUUUCAGUUCUCCUCCCAAAACAAAGAGCACCUGGCAGAGAUUUGGGGCCGCCGGAAAGGGAACCGCAAGACAAUGACCUACCAGAAAAUGGCGCGGGCACUGAGGAAUUACGCCCGCACGGGCGAGAUCCAAAAGGUGAAGCGGAAACUCACCUAUCGGUUUGAUGAGAAGACACUGAGAGGCCUCCGGGGAGACAGCAGCGCCAUCUAGGAUGAAAAUUACACAAGAAGCGAGAUAUGAAUACUGAGUAUUUGGCAGGCAGAGACAAGUCUGGCACAAUGAAACCUAAUGUAAAUCUGAUAGAUUGUCUUCAAAUAUCUGCUUUAUAAGUGGAAUCUCCUGAUAUAUAUUGGGUUUCCUGUCUUUCUGGUGCUGUAAUACGGAUGUUUGUCACAAGAGCGUUUAUUUGUUCCUAUUAUCUUUUUGUCGAUUCGAUGCCCUGAGAUUGAGCUUUUUCCAAAUUUCAACCAGAAUAUUAAGUAUUUUGGGAAUAGCUUGUCCAUGCUUGUGUUUUGUGGAUCCCCGUUGUCAUUAUGCAGCAGCAACUUACACUUUCUGGCCGUGUGAUUAGGUACAUCAUCUGCACAAUCUAAUCAAUCUCAGUACUGUUCUACAUGCACGAUAAUUAUGCCAUAGUUUUGUUGAUUAUGCAUUUUGAUUAAGAAUUUAAUUUAACGGAAGUUGUUGAUGUUAAAUAUUCCCUUUAUUUGUACAUAAAAAGAUAAAUUAUCACUAUUUAAGAACAAUAAAUGAAGUUAUUCAAUGUGAAAAAAAUAAAAUAAAUGCUAUCCAAUA